AUGGCGCCCCCUGUCGACUCUCUAGCGCCGCCUGGGAUACAACAUGCGGUGGUUACCUCCAGCUCGUCAAUCACGCUCAGCAUUCAGGCUUUUAGUUCCCUCGACAACCUCCUUUCCGUCUCGACAAUUCUUCCAUCCAUCUCUGACGAUUUACUUGCACUGGAAAACAAUGAUAUUCCGUCUUUUCCUUCUGUAACAAACCCUGGAUUAUAUACCCACCUCUUCCAACCAGCUGUGCUCAAGUCGGAUCCCACCAUUGGUCGAAAGUCUGCAUGUGAUCUCACUCAGUCUACCAUUACCAUCCCAACUCGACCUCGCUUGAGAGUCAUGUUGAUGGAAUCCAUCUGCGUAAAUCAAUGGGCGGAGAAUGUCCUCAUCCUUGAUCCCCUCGACCAUGUUAUUUGGAAUGAAAGGGAUCAUGAAGAAGACAUUUCGUUUUGCUUUCCUGCACUUCCUUGGAUACCGGAGGGUUCUAUAUUUGCUCCGGAACUUUUACACGCAAUUUUGGACAGCCGCCAUCCUGGACGCUAUCGUCCGUCGAUCCGGAGUUCUCGAUCCAAUUCUCCUCUUUCUCCUACAGCUCAAUGUGGAGAUGGAGGAAGUGAGUGCGGACUGACCAACGAAGCCAUCAGCGGGAGUCGCCAUCUCAUUCAUGUGCUGAAUAGUGAAGGGCGAGUGGCCUUAGAGAACGUGACGCCAAUAGGCUUGCCUACAAUCAUGGUCUCAAACUCGACAGCAGUGCUUCCUAUCUCACUGGAAUCGUCUCAGAGCAUAGCCCAUCUCCCUUUAGCCGUUCGGAGAGGCAAGAAGGUUCCCGCUGCGUUAACUGUGAAAGCUUCGAACGAUCAGGGAAAAGAGCAAGAUCCUUAUCCUGGCAUACCGAGUCCAUUCUUGGGCUCUCCUUCAGCUUCUAGCCCUACUUUCGACCUUGCAACGAAUCCGGCCGCCUCUUCCAUGGGUCUGGAGGCAAUGUGUACUGAUCUGCAUUCACGUUGUCCUGAGUUGCGCUCCUCUCUGUCGGUCGAGAGCCCGGAUGACCUCCGAUGCCACUGGGGCACCGUUCAUCGUAACAAGUACGCCGAAGCUUUGUCUGGCGAUGAAGACGAUUGGGCGUUUGCUCAAGACUUGUUAGAGAAAUUUGGCGGCAAACCGCCGUAUUUGCCUGAUUCCUAUUCUCAGUCACCAUAUACUGGCGAUACGCGAGCUGUUGCAGAGGUCUCCGCUACUGACUCGCUUACUUGGGGAAUGUCGCCGACCUUGACUAACCCGGCUGAGGAUUCUUUCUCGAGCUCCACACCGAUGAAUCUUCGGCAACAGCGACGAAAGACUGUGAUAAUCGAAACUCCGGUCAACUACAAAGACACUCAAGAUGCUCCUGUGAGUGGCUUGGAGAUAGCUCGUGGCGUACUUGAGGAUUGCAAACCUCUGCCAAUUGAAAGCUUUAGUCCAUCUGAUAGUGAGUUUUCUUGCGAGCAUUGUCGUCAGUCGACGCCCGUUCCAUCUCGACCAUCUAGCACUGCGAGCAUGCGCCCCACGAAGGGGAUACUGAAGGAGAAGAAGAGUGUUCGAUUCUCUCUCGCGCCAAGCAAGCACGAAUGCUCUUCAGACGAACACGAUGCACAUGCACAUAGGGUUUCCGAUCCUGUGACGCUUCAUCAUUCAACCUUGUCAAAUAAACCUAGGUCUCCGCUUCAACACAGUUUUUCCCCCUUCAAUGGAGAGCUACGCCUAGUUUCUCCUAGCAAGAAUGCAAGCAUAUGUGGCUUCCCUAAACAUCCCGCCUUGCGCAACAUUGCGCGAUCUUCCUCUUCGCAGCUAGAUAGCCCACAAACACCCACUCCGACGGUUCUCUCGGAUCAGCAGUGCACGCCCCUACGGUCUCUGAAGGUUCGACAAAGCCUCCCAGCCAAACGUCACUCCAAUGUCAUCCUCACUGGCGAGACCGAACACAAGAGCACCGCAGGAGACAACCGUGCGAAGUCCAGGAGGCUCAAAACUGCGUCUACACCUCUUUAUGUUCGUAACGGCGGUGAGAACUUCCGCGUGAGACGUGACUCUGGGGGACAGAAGAGCCGUAUGCCUGUACCGUUUCGCACCAUUUUAACCAAGCUCAGAGCCUGA